CAGUGGCAAGGGGACAGGGGCUCACACCUGGCUGACGUCAGGAGGCGCCGGCUCGCACAGUCGCUGCCAGACUGCAACAACAUGGGCUGGCGUCUGGUCACCACCGUCAGCAGCUGGAUCCCAUGUCUGUGCAGUAGUGCUCCAUGCCUGGUGUGCUCAUGUUGUCCAACUGGGAGAACUUCAAUUGUAACACGAUUGGUGUAUACAACUAUUUUAUUAAUUGGUACAUCUGUUGCUGGCAUCAUGCUUGUACCUGGAGUGGAAGAUCAAUUGAGGAAGAUUCCAGGAUUCUGCGAGUUUGGUUAUAAUGCCCAAUUGCCUGAAGAGAAUCCUGCAAUAUGCAGAGUGUUAGUUGGUUACAAGUCUGUGUAUCGCACCUGUUUUGGAAUGGCCACUUUCUUUUUGCUAUUAGCUCUGCUUAUGAUCAAUGUGAGAAAUAGCAAAGAUCCCAGAGCCCUGGUACACAAUGGUUUCUGGCUUUUCAAGUUUGGAGCACUUGUAACAAUAAUGGUUGGUGCAUUUUAUAUCCCUGAAGGAUACUUCAGCCGAGUAUCAUUUGGAAUUGGUUCAGCUGGUGCCUUUUGUUUUAUCCUUACACAACUGGUCCUGCUGGUCGAUUUUGGCAACUCUUGGAAUAAAUCCUGGUUGAAAAAAUCAGAAGAGGGUGGAUCACGAUGUUGGCAUUUUGCACUUCUAUCAGUUACAUGCCUGAACUAUGUUUUGUCAUUAACCACUGCAAUCCUCUGCUAUGUGUUUUACACUGCAGUAGAUGGCUGUAUUGAAAAUAAAUUUGUUAUUAGCUUCAACACACUUAUUUGUGUUGUUGCCUCUUUAAUAGCAGUUCAUCCAAAGAUCCAGGAAUUUCAGGUUUGUACUGGUCUUCAACCCUCCAUCAUCACUCUGUAUAUUAUGUACCUUACCUGGUCAGCGAUGACAAAUGAGCCUGAUGAUAAAUGCAAUCCCAACAUAAUGAGCUUUUUUGAACAGACAUCUCCCAGCUCUGACUUUGAUAACAACACUGCAAUCACAACUGAUGCCUUAGACAGAGGAUUAAAAUGGGAUAUCCAAAGCAUUGCAGGAUUGGUCUUAUUUCUUAUUUGCAUCUUGUAUUUGAGCAUUAGGAAGUCGAGCUGCACACAGAGGCAUGGCCAGUCCAUCAAUAAUACUGAUGCUGGCUCUUUGGAAAGUGUAUCAAUCCAGGAGGGCUGUGAAGAAGUGCAUCGGUUUCAGGAUAAUGAAAAGGAAGGGGUUCAUUACAGUUACUCUUUUUUCCACUUCAUUCUUUUUCUGGCAGCCAUGUAUGUUAUGAUGACACUAACUAACUGGCACAGUCAUAGACCUGAUUUCAAGAGCAUUUCAAGCAGUUGGAUUGCAGUAUGGAUGAAGAUUGCUUCCAGCUGGGUGUGCAGUUCCCUUUACAUCUGGACUCUUCUGGCUCCUCUGGUUCUGUCCAAGCAAGAGGAUUUUGAAGAACACCUAAACUGAGAAUGAAGUGGAAAAAGCAGCAUGGAAGAGGAGUUCAUUUACUCAACCCUGAGAUACUUAAUAAAACCUAUCUUAGCAAAUAACAGCUCUACAUCAAUCUAAAUAUACAUACUCAAACUGCCAUUAAUCUUUGUGGCCAAAGAACAUGCAUCAGAGUUAUUGAUAAAUAAGUUAAUGAUUUAACCAUGGGUAACCUGCUCAUUGGAUUGAUAAUGGAUAUCAGAUGAAUUUCCAUUGUGAGGACUAAACAUUCUGUUAUUUGUGGAGUCUGUGAGGUAAUUAUAAUUUUUCUGUGCAUGUAUACACCAACACUAGUGCACACAGUUGCAAAGAUUAAGAGAAUACAGAAAAAAUGUCAACCAACUACAGAAAUUGUGGGAGAAGGGUCACAUAGAUUGAUAAUCAUUUUAGUCACUAUGGCCAUUAUUAGUUCUGAGAUUUUUUUAACUAACUCUGACUUUGCUUGUAUCUGUAGUCAUCAUGGCUUGUAAUAACCAUAAUGUGUACUACCAAAAUGAUGAUAUUGUUAUCACAUAUAUAGCAAUAAAAUAUAUCAUUCCAAU